CGUCUUCACGUCUGCAUUCAUGGCUGGUCAUCACUCACUUCAAAGGCCGUUCCGCCUUCUCUUCCUUGUCUUCUUCUUUGCGAGACAAAGCGUGUGUUUCGCAGGCAGUCAGUCCAUACAUGGGUGUAUCAGAAGACCUUCUGCGCAGCGCAGGCCUCGAUGUCCUCCUUUUUGUUGUCGUAUUUGGUGUAGUUCCUCCGGAGGUCAGACAGGUCGCAGCUGGUCCCCACGUGUUCCAGCACGCAGCACCCUCUUUGCACCUGGGCGCUCAUGCACGUGGGCAGCUCAGUGAUGCGGUAAGCCUUGUGUCUGGACGUCAGGAACUUCGGCUGCCCAAUGGCAGUCACGGGCAGGAUCUCUGGCGUCACCCCGACGUGGUACGUGGCGAUCGGUCUGCCUUUCCAGGGGGCGAUGAUGAAGUCGUACUUGUCUCUGGCGGUCCGACUGGAGGCCAUCUUCGUCAAGGCGAUACUGAUGUGGAGCUCCUCGCGAGGCACGUUAGAUGAGGUCACCUCUCCCGUCACCGCAUUGAGAAGCAGAGGGCUGCAGCAGAGGGGACGUGGCACCCUGCACACACACACAGGGAGCGAUCCAUUACCCCCCGUACCUCUCCGCAUAUAUCUGAGUGAGCUUACUCACUCGCCAGAGAGAAGGAGCCUGUCCAGGACGCUUCUGUGAAGUGUCAGCUCUCCGUCCGGAGGGGCGUAAUCGGGAGAGUCACGGGCGCACUGGAAGGGGCUGCGAGUCUUGGUCACCUGCAAGAGGGGCAUGACAGAGUUCUGUGUGUGUUGUGUCAUGUCCUGUAGGGUUACCGGGCCGAGCGGUCGCAGCGCCGAGACGUACUUGGCGGCAGAUUCAAUUUUCUGCGUACGUGUCAACACACGGAUGGUCACACACGUGAUCUGCGAAGACACCGACAUGUUUUAUUGUCUCACGGGGUAGAGCCCCUCGCCGGUCAUGUCGUGGAGGGUGAGCAACACGUCCUUGGCAUAGUCUUCUCUCUUGGUCUUGGGGCUGAGCUUCGCCUCACCCUUGUCGUUGACCAGCAGGCCUAGCGCAUUUGAGCGCUCAAGCAUCCAACUGCAUACACGCAUAGGCGAAUGACAGCGGCAGGGAGGGAGACACGAGCAGUCAGUCAAUCUCGUGAGUUCCUUACUUGAGUGGGAUGUUUGCGAAUCGCCUGUCUUGGGCGUCCCAAUCGUGCAGCCCACCCACGUCAGAAUGGUCACCUGCUCAUGUAUGUUUGUGUGUGGGUUGAGGUGGUGUGAGAGAGACAUGGGCGAAGACCUACCAGGGAACCACACUCUCUCAAUGUUCUGGCCCCUCGCCGCCUCCUGCAAAACAGGAAUUGAUUCCGCCUUAUGUAUACGAUCUCCGUUUCCUUUACCCAUGCAGUGCACCCCAGCCACCUGCUGGAUCGGUUCGUGUUUCGCAAGAGGAAAAACAUCGUACAUGUCUCGCAUCUCGUCCAAAGCCAUAGCGUGCAGCACAUUCUCUGUGGUUGGGGCCAGACCAACGGAGAGAUCUGCACGUACGCCCAGCCGGCCACCAGCCCAGAGAGAGACGAACUUGGCAUCCGGUCACACGUGUGUGUCUCUCGGCGCACCUUCGAUCGCCAUGCCCAUGAUCUGGGUAUCUGCGCAGGCGUCGAACAGCCCUAGAAGGUAUCUCGGCAGCCGAUGUUCCUUCCGCUGGGCGGCCAGACUGUCGUCCCUGACGUGGGAUUCCCAUCUGAGGAGGAGCUCUGGGUUUGCCCUGAGCUCCUCCAAAUCGGACCCGCUGGCCGGCAGCCCGUAAGAAGCCAGGAUACCUUCAGCCAGAUAGAUAGCAAUGGAUACAUACAUGUCUCAUGCGUACGUAUUACACACACAGGAUCUGCUUGCUUCCUCCUCAGUGACCCACCCUGCAGGAGCCGUGCUUGGUGUCCUCCCCUGACAGAAAAUGCAAUCAUACGUACGUGCACGAAUGCGUGCAAAUCAGAGAAAACCAGCGUCACCUCGAGUAGCCAAAGAUGGCAAUCCUGUCAGUCUUCUUGGCCCUCGCAUCCAUCAACCACUCCAGCGCCCUGAACACGCUCUCCUCGAAGCCGCCUCCGGUAGUCUUCGCGAGGAGGUCCCUGAAGUCCAAAACCGCGUUUUGUACCUUGCUGACGACCCGCCAGAGAAGUGAAUCUUCUGGAGUCUCGCCGGGUUUGUUUUUGGCGUGCUCUGUCCCUAUGCCGGAGAAGUACUUGACCAGCUGGCUGCCUUGGGCCACCCUCCCUUUCUGAGCCAGGGUCUCCCAUAGGAGAGCGAUGUUGGUCAAGGUGUCAGUCCUCACGCCAUUGUCACUGGUGUCCUUGUCCUGGCCCGUCCCAGCAAACAUCACAAUCAAGUUGCGGGGGUUGCCUCCUCUGGACCAGCCAUUCCACGGCAGAGCCUUGUAGUGCUCGCGGACAGUCACUGUGGAGUUGGUCCAUGCUGCGACACUGCCGGCUGGCAGAACAAGGCAAAGCAUUGCAGAAUACGCAAAUGUGUUGCCGACAGACUGAGUGCUCUUCUAAGCUUAUCUACCAGUGCAAGUAUCGGCAUGCCACGCAAGGAGGAGAGCGACGAAAGACUUCAGUACCAUCUGAAAAGAAUUAAAACGUCACGCAUGCCAAGUGGCAACAUUCUCACAGGUCCACCUACUCUUUUCAGUCGAAAAGGAUUUCAGACGCGUCUGAG